AUGCUGCGGGGUCGAGUGAGGAAGAACAUUUCCUUGCAUUCCUGGAGGUUCCUGGAGAGAUGCAAGCGAAGCAGGAUUACUGUCUUCGUGCGGAGAGCCCACAGGUCAUACUCUACCUUCAAGCAACCGCAACAGGAGAGUAACAGUGGUAGUCAGCGGCCACCAUUGCGCCAAAGACUCGCUUCCGCGUGGAAGGAAACACCAACGACAUGGUAUCCUCUCCCUGUUGCCGUUGGCGCUCUCCUCCUGCUCGCUAUUCAGUUUCGCAAGAAGGUCGCAGAGACGGAGGUGCAUGUGGAUAACGAGGGUCGAGAGGUGGUCAAGCUGAAGGGACCUUGGCAUGUUCAUGUGAUGGGUGCUCUUCCACUGCGAAACCUCUCUCGUGUCUGGGGCUAUGUAAACUCUUUUGAGUUGCCAGUCUGGUUUAGACCCUAUGGCUUUCGGUUCUACGCUUGGGCCUUCGGUUGUGACUUGACUGAAAUCGAACCAGAGGAUCUCACGAAAUAUGCCAGUCUGGGGGAGUUCUUUUACAGGGAUCUGAAAGAUGGCGCUCGACCCGUCGCAGAUGCCGUCCUGGUGAGUCCCGCCGAUGGAAAGAUUCUACACUUUGGCACCAUCACAAACGGACGUGUUGAGCAAGUCAAGGGCAGCACCUACUCACUUGACGCGCUUCUGGGUGUUGAAAGCCCUCAUGUUCGCCCCGCGCCCGUCACAUUCCCGCGGCGCGAUAUGGCUGAAGUUGACGACCGGGACUUCGCAGACAUAAACGGAAUUGAAUACAGCCUGGAAGAGCUACUCGGCGCCUCCGAGUCGAACACGCCCGGGUCUUCCGGUACCUCGACGCCGACAACUAGUGUAUCACCCGGCGUGCAUCCAUCCCAUGCGAAGAAGUACGGUGCGCAGAUCGAUGCUUCCGUGUCUUUCGACGCGAGUAUGUCGGAUGUCAUCGCGCACGACGCGUCCGUUGCGGCGGAAAUGGGCCUGCGCCCUUCCUUAGAGCGUACUCGAAGUAGACUGAGCAAAGCACCUAGACCUGGAAACGCGCUAUACUUUGUCGUCGUGUAUCUGGCGCCAGGUGACUAUCACAAAUUUCACAGCCCUACUGCAUGGGUGGUGGAGAAGCGCCGCCACUUUGUUGGUGAUCUGUUUUCUGUAUCACCGUGGAUGGCUAAACGCUUGGAGAAUUUGUUCGUGCUGAACGAACGGGUUGCGCUGCUUGGGCGGUGGAAAUAUGGCUUCUUCAGCAUGGUUCCAGUUGGUGCGACAAACGUGGGUAGUAUCAAGAUUGACUUUGACCAGGCCCUUCGAACUAACGUGGCAUCACGCCGCCGCCCUCCAGUCGGGACCUACACCGAAGCAGUGUACUCUGCCGCCUCGCCGAUCCUUAAUGGGCAGCCGCUCAUGAAGGCACAAAAAAUGGGUGGCUUCAGUCUUGGUAGCACCGUCGUUGUCGUAUUUGAGGCACCCCAGGACUUCCAGUUCACUAUCCAUGCGGGCCAGAAGAUCAAGGUGGGCGAAACGAUGGGAGACGUCGCGACUGCUUUCGAGUCCAAAAAGCAACGGUGA